ACACAUCAUCUUUUGUUCAUCACCCAAAAAAAAAAAAAGAAGUUUCUGAAAAUCAAAGCCACACCAUAUUCAAGCUCACUUCUUUAAUGGCAUUAUCCCACUAAACCCAGAAAAUCAAUAAUUUUCAACCAAAAAAAGGCCAAAAAAAAAAUUCAAGAAAUGCCAAUUUUCAAUGUUUCAUCUUUAGGAGUAGGUUCAUUGACAAAUCUUUGUUUUCACUCACAAAUUUCAGCUAAUGAAUUACCUUCUAGUUCAUGUUCUUUCUCUAAUGUUUCAUACAAUUACAUCCCAUGUAUUAUUAAUAAUAAUCUCUUGAAUUUCAACCGAAAAUCUGGAAUUAACAGAUACCCAGUUUAUGCAGCUCAAAUUAAUGCUUCUUCAGAUGCUAAAGUUGAUGAAGAUAUGGAUGAAUCUUCUCUAUCUCCUGAAUCUGAACCUACUCGCCCAAUUCGGAGGCCUGCUGACUGGGAGGCAGCUAAGAAAUACAAAGAAACAGGAUCCAUCUAUGAGGGAAGAGUUGAAGGCUUCAACAAUGGGGGCUUGUUAGUGCGUUUCUAUUCGCUUGUCGGUUUUCUUCCUUUUCCACUAUUGGGCCCAUCAUAUUCUUGUAAAGAGCAAAAGAAGACAAUACAACAAAUUGCAAGAGGACUUAUUGGGUCUGUCAUCGACAUGAAGGUGAUUGAGGCAGAUGAGGACAGCAAGAAGUUGAUUUUUUCUGAGAAAGAGGCCGCUUGGUCAAAGUAUUCUGAGAAGAUUAAUGAGGGGGACAUCUUUGAGGCGAUGGUUGGUAUGGUUGAGGAUUAUGGUGCCUUUCUUCAUCUGCGAUUUCCUGAUGGAAAAUACCAUCUUACUGGUUUAGUACAUGUCUCGGAGGUUUCAUGGGACUAUGUUCAAGAUGUUAGAGAUGUUUUAAGGGAGGGUGAUAUGGUGAGGGCUAAGGUUGUUAACAUCAACAGGGAAAAAUCGAGAAUCACAUUGUCAAUCAGGCAACUGGAGGAAGACCCAUUGCUCGAGACCUUGGACAAAGUGAUUCCUCAGGAUGGCGCAACAAGUCCUGGUUCUACAAGCACAAGUGAAAGCUUUGAUAUUCAACCACUUCCAGGGCUUGAGGAAAUAUUUAAGGAGUUAUUAAUGGAAGAGGGAAUAAGUGAAGUCAGAAUCAGACGGCAAGGCUUUGAGAAACGGGUUGUGUCACAAGAUCUACAACUCUGGCUUUCUAAUGCACCAGCAACUGAUAACCAAUACACUUUACUUGCUCGUGCCGGAAGGCAGGUUCAGGAAAUACAGAUGACAACAUCACUUGAUCAGGAAGGUAUCAAAAAAGCAUUACAACGGGUUCUUGAACGCGUUCCGUGAUUUGAAAUAUCCAAGUCUUCAUCCAGGAACGUCAGAGCUAUGUUUUUGCCGGUGUACAGUACAGAUAUGAGCAUGUAAUACUUUUGUGCAUCUAUAGAUCCUUCCCACAUCUGCUUACUUCAUUUCUUCUUUGGUCUUAGAUGAUUAAUUGGUAUAGAACUAUAGAUGGUGUCAUGGUGAUAUGGCAUACCCAAAAAGAAGGAAAAACAAACAGGGUAAAAGAGAGCAAAUGUAGCUAAGUAGCUGCUUAAUGUCUCAGCCCUUACUGAUGACUAGAAAUUGCAUCAUAUUCUAAUAGAAAUGAUAUGUUUUCUGUUA